ACUUCCUGCGCGCCAGAUACGCACAGCGAAGCGUCAGAAAGUUGUCAACACGGAAGAGUAACGUUGCUUGUAAAAAAAAAAAAAACUACAAAAAAACUGCCUUCCCGUUUUUACAUCGCUUUAUAUAUUAUCUUUAUUUUUUUCAUAUUGGUUUCAACUUAUAUUCGUCUCACGUUGUUUGACAUCUUGUGUACUUUACCUCACAAGUAAGCUAGCAACGUUAGCUGCUUGCGUUAGUUGUCAUGAGAAUCCGGAUGUGAACCACGUCAGUUCUCUCGUCUUCUAGCGACAUAGUUGGGGAGUCAUGUCCUUGCAGCUGACUGCCGAGCAGCAGCGGAGGAUUGAGGAGAACCGACGGAAAGCCUUGGAGAGGAGAGCCCAGAGAGUUGGGCAGACCAUCGCCACCAACAGUCAUGGCUCCAUGGAGGGUAUAAACGGUACAUCGGUACCAAACCGGUUUGCUGCAUUCUCGAGUAAAGACUCCUUUACUUCUAGUAACCAAAAUAAUUACCCUAAGCUCCAUCAGACGUCUGGUAGUGGAAACCAAAGCUGCUCUUCUUCAAUACAGAUACCACCCAAGGAUGCACAUUCUCCAGCCAGUUUCCAACAUGUCAGCCAUCCCAUAACAAGCAUAGACGGCAGCACCGGUGGAAAGCCGCUUCAUCCCAAUUACCCUUCUCCCAGCAAUGCUGCGGCGAGUGUCUUCUAUAAACAACCAAGCAAACCCACCUCAGACUCUGCUUCCACCUCAAAGGCCGUGCCUGCUAAAAAGCCUGCUUUGUCUACCAGGGGCAAAUGUGUGCUCCACACUGAGGGACGCUUCAGGGUGGAAGUUGGCUACAAUGCAGAUCUUGUUGCUGUUUUUAAAUCCAUCCCAUCUAAAAGCUAUGAUCCCGCCAUGAAGAUGUGGAGCUUCAGUAUGGAGGACUACCAAGAGCUAAUGACCCAAGCGGCAUCCAUUGCCUCUGUGUCACUGAGGCCCCUCGACGGGGCGCAGGCAGCGGACGCGGCUUCACCGACCAGCCGAGCUCAAGACAGGUUGGCGCUGAACGCUCUGCUGAAGCUGUGCAACGGCUGGCAGAAGCCAGACGCCGUCCUCCAGGGCCAGUGUACUUUGGUGUCCUGCACCAAGUUUGAGGUCGACGUCGGUUACCAUGUGGAUGUGAUUGCGGCGUUCAAGCAAAUGCCAUCAAAGACUUACGAUAUGAAAUCAAGGAAAUGGAGCUUUUCACUUGAGGACUACAUGAGAUUGAUGGAGCUCCUCGGUGGGAUAGCAGCCGUGGAGGUGGAGCCUCUUCCGAGGGCAAUCGUCCAGGCGUUUUCUGCUAGGUUUGAAGGGCUUCAAGCCAGGUCUUCGGACGUCCCCGCGGCAGACCUGUCCCACGUCGACCCCUUGAUCACCAGCAGCCUCAUGCCCUUCCAGAGAGACGGAGUCAAUUUUGCAGUUUUUAAAGAAGGCCGCCUCCUCCUGGCUGAUGACAUGGGCCUGGGAAAGACGGUGCAGGCCAUCUGCAUUGCCGCGUACUACAGGAAAGAGUGGCCCGUGCUGGUGGUGGCUCCCUCGUCUGUGCGCUUCACCUGGGCUGAGUCUUUCCGUCGCUGGCUGCCCUCGCUGAGUCCCGGCAGUAUCAACGUGGUGGUGAAAGCCAAGGACAACCUGAGGGCGGGGCUUGUCAACAUCAUCAGCUAUGACCUCCUGAGCAGGAUGGACAAACAACUGCCGGGGAAACAUUUUGACAUUCUUAUCAUGGAUGAAUCUCACUUCCUGAAGAACAUAAAGACAGCUCGUUGUAAAGCAGCUCUGCCCUUAUUAAAGACAGCCAAGCGAGUAAUUCUUCUGUCAGGGACCCCGGCCAUGUCCAGACCUUCUGAGCUCUACACCCAGAUUCUGGCUGUCAAACCGACACUCUUCCCACGCUUCCACGAGUAUGGGCUGCGCUACUGUGGUGCUAAACAGUUGGCCUGGGGUUGGGACUACUCUGGCUCCUCCAAUCUCUCCGAACUAAAACUCCUCCUGUCCGAGUGUCUGAUGCUGCGUCGGCUCAAGUCGGACGUUCUCGCUCAACUUCCUUCCAAACAACGCAAAGUCGUCACGGUAACCAUUGACGGCGUCAGCAACCGCACCAAAGCGGCUCUGUCCGCUGCGGCCAAGGAGUUAGCCAAGGGACACAAUAACAAAAAGGAUGAAAAAGAAGCCCUCCUCAUUUUUUAUAACCACACAGCUGAAGCCAAGCUGCAAGCCAUCAUGGAAUACAUCACUGACAUGUUGGAGUGUGGCAGGGAGAAGUUCCUGGUGUUUGCCCACCAUAAGCUGGUGCUGGAUCACAUCACAAGUGAACUUGUUAAAAAGGAUGUCGCUUUAAUUCGCAUCGACGGGGCCACCCCCUCCAGUGAGCGCCAGCUGCUCUGCGACAAGUUUCAGAAUUCGAACAAGACCUGCGUGGCCGUGCUGUCCGUCACCGCCGCCAACAUGGGCCUGACCCUCCACGCCGCCGACCUGGUCAUCUUUGCGGAACUUUUCUGGAACCCUGGGGUUCUCAUCCAGGCUGAAGACAGGGUGCAUCGCAUCGGUCAAACCAACAAUGUGAACAUUCAUUACUUGGUUGCUACGGGAACAGCUGAUGAUCACCUGUGGCCAAUGAUUGAAGCAAAAAUGAAAGUGUUGGAGCAGGUUGGUCUGUCAGAGUCGAACCUCUCAGCUCAUGCGGCGACAGCUCGAUUCCACUCUAAGGACCACAAACAGAGGAGCAUUGCAGAGAUGUUUGAGAGGUCUUUCAGUGAGGACGACAAGCUGGACGAAGCAAGCCAAUAAGGUCAACUUCUGUGUUGUAUUUUGAAAAAAAAAAAAAAAAAAAAGUUGGCGCAUCAUGACUGACUUGUAAUACUCGAUAUAUGUUUUUAUUUAGCAGUGAAAAUAAUAAACAAAUAUGUACAAUAGCCAGUUGUGAUUUUUUUUUGUAAUUUAUUUCAUGGUUUAAGACCUGUGGUAAUUCAAGUAUUAUUUAUUAUUUCUUCACUAGCCACAACAUUAGGAACAUGUCAAAAUACUACGACAGAUGGUAAAACAAUAUCAAAAUAUAAUCACAGUAACUUAUUGUUAAAUGAAUGCUGUGUGGUUUGAUUUCAUUUGAACAUGCAUCAGAUUGCAAUUGAAUGCAUCACAUAAUCAGUUCACAGUUCCACAUGUCCAAAAGGAGUAGGAAGAAGCAAAGCUUAUUAAAUCCUACCCCUCCAUCUGGUACUUUUACAAUCAGUAACUGUUACAUUUGUUCACUUCCUGCUUUCCUAAUAUAGUUUUAUUUUUUUUUGCAUUGUUUGAGGGUCUUACUCAAUCCAUUCCAUAGUUUGAUUCCACAUACUGAAAUGCUAUGGCUUUUUAACAUAGUUAAACGUAACAUAGUUUUUAACAUUUUUAGC